AUGGAGAACCAAAGCAGCCAAAGAAACCUCGAUCCUCUGCAUAAUCAUGGCAUUCGUAUCACAACCCCUCAAGGCCCAGCUCCACCCAAAAUCCGUCGCUCUGAUUUUCCCAAAGAUUUUAUCUUUGGUUCUGCAACAUCGGCUUAUCAGGUAGAAGGUGCCUGGAAUGAAGAUGGUAAAGGCGAGAGUAAUUGGGAUCGUUUCACAUCGGAUAAUCCUGAAUCACUACCAUCAGUGGAAGGAGGAAGAUUAAGUGCUGGUGUAAACAGAGAAGGAGUUAAUUACUAUAAUAGUCUUAUAAACGUGCUCGUGGCUGAAGGCAUUACACCUUGUGCAACUAUCUUUCACUGGGAUGUUCCCCAAUGUUUGGAAGAGGAGUAUGGUGGCUUUUUAAGCCCUCAGAUUGUGGAAGAUUUUUCCGAUUUUGCCGAGAUUUGCUUCUGGGAAUUUGGUGAUCGUGUGAAACUUUGGAUCACAUUGAAUGAGCCAUGGAGCUUUGCUGUUUCUGGAUAUGCGUUAGGUAUUUUUGCACCUGGCCGGGGUCCAACACAAGAUGAGAAUGUAACAAUAGCUGUCCAUCGUCAUAGAUGUAAUGUUCAGGAUAAAAAUAUUUGCGGCGAGGGAAAUCCAGGCACGGAACCGUAUAUUGUCGCACAUCAUUUGAUCCUUGCACAUGCAGUAGCAGUUGAUAUAUACAGGAAAAUCAUUCAGAAACUUCAAGGGGGCAAGAUUGGGGUCACAAAUGUCACAGCAUGGUAUGAGCCACUCAAUAACACAACAGCUGAUAAAGAGGCUGCUUCAAGGGCAGUUGAUUUUGCGUUGGGAUGGUUUGUAGCACCCGUGGUUACUGGUGAUUAUCCACCAGUUAUGAGACGAUUACUAAGAGACCGCCUUCCCAAAUUUACACAAGAGCAGGUUACUCUGGUGAAGGGAUUCUAUGACUUUUUAGGAAUAAACUACUACACUACUCAUUAUGCAACAAAUGCACCAAGGCACCUGGUGCAAAACCAUGUUACAAUAAUGAUCACGAGGUUCAAACAUCAACUGCACGUAAUGGGAUGCCGAUAGGUGAACAGGCUGGUUCUAGUUGGUUGUACAUUGUUCCAGAAGGGCUUUACAAGCUCUUGGUUCAUUUGAAAGAAAGAUACAAUAAUCCCAAUAUUUACAUCACAGAGAAUGGAGUGGAUGAAUUGAACAAUAGAACAACAGUUGCACAAGCCCGGUUUGACUAUAUGAGGGUUAGAUCUCACCAUGACCACCUUCUCCAAAUUA